AUGGCGGCGGUUCUGACGGUCCUGGUGGCGGCAGCCACCGCCGCCUCCACCGCGGCGGCGCUCAACACGGACGGGCUAGCGCUGCUGGCGCUCAAGUUCGCUGUGUCAGACGACCCGGGUAACGCGCUGUCCACGUGGCGGGACGCCGACGCCGACCCCUGCUUCUGGGCGGGCGUCACCUGCGCCUCCUCCUCCUCCUCCGGCGCCACCGGCCGCGUCUCCGCCGUCGAGCUCGCCAACGCCUCGCUGGCCGGGUACCUCCCGUCGGAGCUGUCGCUGCUAUCCGAGCUCCAGGCGCUGUCGCUCCCCUACAACCGUCUGUCCGGCCAGAUCCCGGUGGCCAUCGCCGCGCUGCAGCGGCUGGCGAUGCUCGACCUCGCGCACAACCAGCUGUCGGGCCAGGUCCCGCCCGGGAUCGCGCGCCUCGUCUCUCUGCAGCGGCUCGACCUCUCAUCCAACCAGCUCAACGGGACGCUUCCCCCCGCGCUCGCCGCGCUCCCGCGGCUGUCGGGCGUGCUCAACCUCAGCUACAACCACUUCACGGGCGGUGUCCCGCCCGAGUUCGGCGGGAUCCCCGUUGCUGUCAGCCUCGACCUCCGCGGGAACGACCUGGAGGGCGAGAUCCCGCAGGUCGGCUCGCUCGUCAACCAGGGGCCCACGGCGUUCGACGGCAACCCGCGGCUGUGCGGGUUCCCGCUCAAGGUCGAGUGCGCGGGCGGGGCGAGCGGGGAGGACGGGCCGAGGAUCCCGGGCUCCAGCGCCGCCGGAGGCGGCGGCGUCACCGACCCUAGCGCCGCGGCGGAGGUCAGAAGGCCGGGAGGUCCGAAGCGGCGGCGGUCGUCGCCGACGGUGCCGGUCCUCACCGCCAUCGUCGUCGUCGCCAUCGUCGCUGGCGUCGCUCUGCAGUGGCAGUGCCGGAGGCGGUGUGGCGCGGCGGCUGCGGACGAGGAGAAGGAGUCGGCCAAGGAGAAGGGCUCGGGGGCGGUGACGCUCGCCGGCAGCGAGGACCGGCGUAGCGGCGGCGGGGGAGGGGAGGAAGGGGAGUUGUUCGUGGCCAUGGACGACGGCUUCGGGAUGGAGCUGGAGGAGCUGCUCCGGGCCUCCGCUUACGUCGUCGGCAAGAGCCGCGGCGGCAUCGUGUACCGCGUCGUCCCCGGCCGUGGACCCGCCGUCGCCGUCCGCCGCCUCAGCGAGCCUGACGAUGGCGACAGCGACGGCUCCGGUUGGCGCCGCCGCCGCGCGUUCGAGGCUGAGGCUGCCGCCAUCGGCCGCGCGCGCCACCCCAAUGUGGCCCGCCUCCGCGCCUACUAUUACGCCCCCGACGAGAAGCUGCUCAUCUACGACUACCUUCCCAAUGGCUCCCUCCACUCCGCUGUCCACGGUGGCCCGACGGCGUCGCCGACGCCAUUGCCGUGGUCCGUGCGUCUGUCCAUCGUGCAGGGCGCGGCGCGCGGGCUGGCGUACCUGCACGAGUGCAGCCCGCGGCGGUACGUGCACGGCUGCAUCAAGUCCUCCAAGAUCCUGCUGGACGACGAGCUCCGCGCGCACGUGUCUGGGUUCGGCCUCGCCCGCCUGGUGGCCGGCGCGCACAAGGCCGCCGGCCACCACUCCAAGAAGUUCGGCAGCGCGGCGUGCGCGCUCCGCGGCGGCACUGGCGCCGCGUCGUACGUGGCCCCGGAGCUGCACGCGCCCGGCGGCGCGCCCGCCGCGGCCGCCACGCAGAAGGGGGACGUGUUCGCGUUCGGCGUCGUGCUGCUGGAGGCCGUCACCGGGCGGGAGCCCACGGAGGGGGAAGGCGGCAUGGACCUGGAGGCCUGGGUGCGCUGUGCCUUCAAGGAGGAGCGGCCGCUGUCGGAGGUGGUCGACCCCACGCUGCUCGGCGAGGUGCACGCCAAGAAGCAGGUGCUGGCCGUCUUCCACGUCGCGCUCGGGUGCACGGAGCCCGACCCCGAGAUGCGCCCGCGCAUGCGCGCUGUCGCCGAGAGCCUCGACCGGAUAGGCUGA